AUGAAGCUACUCUCGGCUCUUCUCACUGUCGUCUCGUUUCUACACCUCGCUCAUGCGGCCCGUAUCGUCCGCUUCAUCGCUGAUGACGGUAAAGAAUAUACUGGCGAUGCCAUCUUAGCCAAUGGUAGCUUCGAUGCGUCGCAGAGUACCAGCGCUCGACUCAUUGAUGGAGAUGUUCUCGGGAACUUUACUAUCACGAAUAACGUCAAGAGAAUCAGGAAGCUCUUGUCUCCUCUGUCUCCGGAAAGGACCAGAUCAGUCCGUUGCGUCGGUUUCAACUAUGUCGCUCAUGCGGAACAGAGUAGCCAUCCAAUUCCCGACUUUCCGAUUCUUUUCUUUAAGCCUUGGACUGCAUUGAGUGACCCAGGAACCAUCGUUCCCAUUACUCCAGGUUAUCAGAAUCAAACCAACUUCACCUCCCAAAUGGACUACGAGGCAGAACUGGUUGUGGUCAUUAAAAAGCGGGCUUUCAACAUUUCAGAGGACGAAGCGUUGGACCAUGUCCUCGGCUAUGCGGUGGGGAACGAUGUGUCUCAUCGAGGCUGGCAGGUUGACCGAGGUGGAGAACCUCAACCUCAGUAUUCCAUGGGAAAAGACGCGGACGGUUGGGCUCCGUGGGGUCCGGCGUUGGUCACAACAGACGUCAUUCCGGAUCCCCAAACUCUCCAUCUUUUUGCGCGUAAAAACGGAGAGUUGAAGCAAAACGCGACAACCGCGGACAUGAUUUUCGGUGUGAAACAACUGGUGUCGUUCUUCUCGAUGGGAAUCACGCUUCUCCCGGGUGACAUCAUUUUCACUGGAACUCCGGAAGGCGUUCAGUUCGGACUUCCGAACCCAUUCUGGCUUACUGAUGGAGAUGUUGUGCAAGUCGGUCUGUCAGGUAUUGGUACAAUAACCAACACCUACUCCUUCACGGACGGCAGGAACUCUGUCUUUAGUCUCUAA